GUGACCAUUAAGAAGAAAACGCAUUUAGUUAAUAUCCAGCAAGGGGAGUGACGGUGCAUGACUGAAGUUCAAGACAAUCUCGAGAAUUUAGCCAAAAAAUAGAACAAAAUGCUGGUUUUUCUCGUCUGUGGGCUCACCCUAUUGUUCACACCUAACGGUAAGUUCGAAGACCAUUAUGUUUCCCCGGCUCGAGGCUCUUUUAGAAAACAAAAUUAAUCCGUGAUCAUCAUAAUAAAUAUUUAGGCGGUGAUGUAUAGCAACGAAAAUAUAUAGGAAGUAGAUUCGAAGAAUUGGUAAUUUCAGUCCUUCUUUGAAAUUAACUUUGACAGUUUUUCUAUGCAAUUGCCUGCAUACGAAAUUUAUGGCACCCCAAUAGAUAUUUGAAACGAACGCAUUGAUCCGCGUUGCAGGUGCUUGUGACAGCAUAAAUUCCUCCCUUUCAAGCUAUAUAGACCAUUUAUUUAGUUGUUGGUUAAGUAAGAUCCAUGCUCAGAGAGUCAUGUUUGAAGCAAGCGCGGGUUGAUUAUGAACUGAAAACUACAUUUCAAAUAAUGCGGGGUCCUUCUCUGUUAAGUUUUUUUCUUGCCAAAGUUCAUGAACUGGCCUUUUCAGUCAUUUUUAGUAUCUGUUCUGCUCGCUUUUAAACGGCAUAUUCGCAAAAGUUUGGUGACACCAAGUACAGUGGAACCAUAAUACAAUGAAUGGCUAAGGGACUGCCAUGUAAAUAUGAUCGCUAUAAAUAUGUUUACUUUAUAUAUCAAGGUUCUUUUCCAUAUAUAUUCUACUAUUACUGGGGGGAAGAAUAUCGCUCGUUAUUUAUACCGCGCGACGCGCCGUAGAAAACUUCAUCAAUCCGUGAGUAAAAUAGAUAUUUUGAGAAUGGACCUCUAGGGCCAGAGAAAUCAACGCAUUCCUGGUAGUUCAGAGAAAAAUGAUCAGAGUUCCAAGAUAUCUUGAUGGACGCUGUCGAGACGUUAGUUCCUAUUCAACCAAGCCUUGAUUCAAUAAAAAAAACUAACUAUUAAAACCUUUACAAUUAAUUUCGCUGAAGAAGUUUUUUUCUGUUCAGUCCAGUCAGUAGUUUAGAAAGUCAAGACACAAUUAUUGUAAAUACAAUAUUUUCUAAACCGCACGUUCUUCAUUAAAAUAACUCCCUUGUAUGGGAGCGAACAAAACCAGACAUUAUCGAAUCACAAAUACUGUGUAAAAAAUCAACUUUAGAAUAAGAUUCUAAUUUUAGAUGGCGUGUGGGGUUGGUGUAAUUUCAUUAAACUUUUUUAAAAUAUAUAAAAAUGAGAUAUUUUUUUUGUUUUUUUUUUCCCACGAUUGUUUAUGCAUUUGUGACCGACUUGUAGCAUUCUGAUUUUGCAGUUUCGGAUACUAUUGCACUAUAAAUUAUUGCAUGGACUCUUUCAUUGCAAAGUCAGGUGCUCCCUGCUUUUCAAAGCAACAUUGUGACUAGCAGGAUAGGCUUCAAAUUCAAGGGAUCUGCUAUUUAUCGGGUUACGAGCUUGAGUUGAGUUAGAGUUAAGUUUGAAUUGAGUUUGAGUUAAGAUUGAGUUACCAAAAAGAUGCCUUUUUUCUACAGAAUUUUUUUUCACCGUUGAUUUGAGUUUUUUUUUUUGUAAUUUUUGCGUUCGAGGUACGAGAACGCAACUCCUUAUUUGUAUUGGGUGUUUUGUGCCUUAUUGGGUGUCCCGUGCAAUUAAUAAGGGAAGUUACCGUUUUUGAGAUUGCAUUUUCGUCGUCGUCGACACACAUUUGCCUCACUUUGAAGUGCUUGCUUACGUUUUGUCUCACUUUGACGUGCAAACUCCUGCAUUGGGAAAUGAAACUCUUCAUGGGCGCAUGUUACUGGAGAGCUCUGUUCACAUGCAUGUUCUAGAAAAGCAAUAUUUCGCACAUAAAACCUUUUUUUAGUCGCUAGAUACCCGGUAUGGUCUCUUUUUAACUGAUCUCUCUUCCUAGCCGAUGCCAAAAGAGAAUUAAUUUUGUGAGGGGCAUUGUGCAAAAAAAUAUGGAAAAAGAGAAGGGAAAAAAUGGACUAAUAACAGUAUUGUUCUUUUUUUCCCAGGUUUUGUGUCCAGCGGUUUUAGUGAAAACAAGGGUUUGUGAGGGUUGCUCAGUCUCGCAGGCUCACAAACCCUUCUUAGGUCGAUCUUAGUUUGUAUUUGCCUUUCCCCACGGCUGUGUUCUGAUCUUGCGGUUUCCAAUUGCACUAAUUGUUGCAGGGACUCCUGAUCCUUCGUAUUUCGUCAUCCUGAUCCCGCAUUUUUCAUUGCAGUGUGCCCUCUGUUGUUGCAAGCAACAUUAUUACUAGCACGGUCGGCUUUAAAUUCAAGGUUUUUUGUGUCGUGGUGGCUAUGGAUCGAAACACUAGAUAUCCUGAUAUAGGAUCAUAAGAUAGUGUGCUGUCAUUCUCCUCAAACACGACUUCAACUCCCACGUACUCUUGGGUUGCGUUGGAUUGGGAAAUCCGUAUUUAGAUUUAAUUUGAAACCCGGAUUUCGGAUUUUGCAAUCGAACGCGAAAUCCGAAAACGGAUUUUACCUCCGAGAAAUCCGUCCUCAGGGUGGAUUCCAAUUAAGAAAUCCAAAUCCGGAUUUCAUGGAUUUCCGUUUUACCAUUCUAUUAGGAAAUCCGAAAAAGGAUUCGCAAAACUGUUCUCCUGAACAGCGGUCUUUUUUGCUACUUACGCGUGCGCGAGCAAGACCGCUGUUUUCAAAUCCUUUUUCUGAUUUCCCAGUCGAACGGAAAAAAAAUGAAAAUCCAAAAACAGACAUCUCAGCGUUGAAAUCCGUUUUCGGAUUUCACGUUCGAUUUCAAAUCCGAAAUCCGGAUUUUAAAAUCGAAAUUCAGAUUUCCCAAUCGAACGAACUGUCGUGGACUCUCAGAGAAACUCGUCGCGUAGAAUUGCCGGUCCAUUGAGGUCAACAAAUAAUGUCCCGUCCGGGUGGGGGUUAGUAUUUUUCUGUUUUUAUCCGUGACACUUCUAAAUGAAGCAUACAUGAGGUAAAAACAACAAAACGGUCAAGGAAAACUGGAAACAAGUUUGAAAAAAUAAAAAGAGAUGGCGGCCGAAACGCGGAAAAUUUUUUUUGGAUUUCAGAGACGUUUUCUGGAAAUUUUCUUCGCGUUGGCUACCCCACAUGGGUUUAGGUCAAAUUCAAAGGAAAACAAAAAACCCAGUUUUUAUCACAUUCUUUGGUUUAAAAGACUGUGGUGGUUUUAAAGGCAGAUGAGAGAUGUCACGAUAUCAGGUGGUACCGUUCGCGUUCUGUGCUGUUUCAGUUGAUUUUUAAUCGCGAAUGGAUGAUCACGGCCCUAUUACAAGCCAAAUACUUGAACUCGAUCAAUGAGUAAAAUUUUAAAAAAACUUUUACCUUGGUUCACACUCGUAGCCAUUGCGUUAAAACCGAAAGCAUUAUGAAAAAAGUUCGCCAAAAAGCACCUGUAUUAAUAACGGAGCCACCUUAAUUUCUGCAAGCAUAGCAGCAAUUAUCAAGCCCGAACGAUGAUAUUACGAUAUGGGCGACCGUUACCACUAAAAAUACAAUCAUGUCAACUAGUACAGACAAAACGCAAAUGAUCUAGUGAUGAAUUACGAAGUGAGUUCAAAUAAUAAAGAAAAAAAACAUUCUUAAAAUAAUAUAGCCUGGUUGUUUUGUGCGAAAUGGUUCACCUAAACUACAAACGAUUCGGACAAAUGAGAAGCUGUCCACUGGUAGAUGAUAAAACGAUACCGUCCAACAAUUCCUCUUUUUAAAUUGAAAUUUGGUAAAAAAAAAAAAAUUCCUUUGGCCCAUAAAUAAACAGCAUUACGUCAGACCCCACAUAGACUAGACAACUGUACAGUACCGCAAAUGAUCCCCAACCGUAAAUGAUCCCGAGACCGCAAAUGAUCCCCAAAAUGGACCGCAAAUGAUCCUCGACCGCAAGUGAUCCCCAAAGUCGACCGCAAAUGAUCCCGAAAGAAAAAUAGGAAUGACUUGGACUCAAGUUGGUGGAUCAUCGUGUCGAUUUUAUUUUUAUUACAAAACGUCAGAUUAAAAGCUAAAUUUUACUUCUCAAAUAAAUCUUUGAAUAAAAACUAAAUGAAAAAAAAAAUCAUUCAAGUGUAAAAACGAAGUCGGUAGGCAACACACGACUUUUACCUCAUGCUAAAAAGCUGCUUGUUCCAAUGAGUUUUUUUCCGGCUCUGGCGGGUAGAUUAUACCUUUGAAGAAAACGAUUUGACUGAGCAAAUGUGAUUUUUGCCGCUUAUUUCAUACUGAGAGGUCAUGACGCGCAUUUUCUAAGGUUAUUGCUGUUUCUAGUCGGCAUGAUUUGCCCUUUGAUGCAAGAGCAUCAGGGGCGUAGCCAGGAUUUUUGAAGGGGGGGGGGUCACAGACAGGGGCACCAUCCGGGGAUCGCCGGCUAUAUAGGGUUUAUACCGCUGCUCUCCCUCGUGUAUCAGCGGGCUCAGUCGUAUUAUCGCGGCAUGAAGGCUCAUAUUAACUAAAGACAAGAGCCGUUGACGAAAAUACUUUUCAAAAAAAACAAAUUUAAAAAAAGUGGGCUUUUCAAGAAUGGCUUUUUCGGCCAAGAUAUUGUCAUGGCGUUUUCGCCACCUGAAUAUUGUAGGUUGUUUGCUCAAAAGAAGGCCUACCAAGGGGAGGUCACGGGCACCCCAGGACCCUCCUUAGCUACGCCCCUGAGCAUUUCCUUUGACCUCUUUUGAAAUGCAGUGCUCUUCAUUGCCGUUAAAUAAGGGUUUUAGGUUGUUCAAUUUUUUUCCAAAGUGCCUCCUGGAUCCGAAUAAUUAUAAGCGGUUUUCUUUCUUGUCCAUGAAUGUGACGGUUUCCUACGAUGUUUUGUCACACGAUAACUACCGCUUACCUCGUCGCUUUUGCGUUUGUCAUUACCAGGUUUAGAUUCCUUGUAACUGUCACCAGCAAAGGCACAACAAAGGAAUGUACAUAAAAGCGUCAAUAUAACUAUUCGCAACAUGUUCAUGAGCUGUAAGAAAGUUGCUAUUUGGAAAUAAACCGAAACCUGUGGACAUUGAUAAGUUCGGGGGCAUUUUGACGUGACUUGUUUCGUAACAGCCACCUAAGUUACGAACAAAUGUCUUGCUGUUUAUCACGUAAAAUUAACACUUCAGAGAAAAAUCAAAAUUAAAUAUUCUGAAAAUUAAUUUCACACUUUCAUAGCACCGAAACGGCUCUUCUCAGAGUCUACAAUAACAUUGCUAUGUCCAUUGACAAUCAAAAAUCUGUUGUUUUGGCUCUACUGGACCUGUCUGCUGCUUUUGAUACAGUUGAUCAUUCUCUUCUCCUUGCUAGACUAUCUACCCGUUUUGGCAUUUGUGACCAGGCACUGGACUGGUUUCGUUCAUAUCUAUCUAAUCGCACUCAGUAUGUCAGAAUCCAAGAUGUCUCUUCUGAUGUGCAUGCCUUACCUUAUGGUGUACCUCAGGGUUCCAUGUUGGGCCCCCUGAUGUAUUCUUUGUACACUUCCCCCCUAGGUGAUAUUGCAAGAUCUCAUGGUCUAUCUUAUCACUUUUAUGCUGAUGAUACACAGCUAUAUUUAUCUUUUGAAACGUCAUCGCCUGAGGAUUUGUCAACAUGUACAUCUGCUCUUGAAGAUUGUGUUAAAGAUAUUGACCUUUGGAUGUUAAAUAACAAGCUGAAGCUGAACAGUGGGAAGACUGAAAUUAUAGUUUUUUCAUCCUCCUAUCGCCCGCGUCCUGCGUUAAAAAACCUGGUGAUUGCCCCUGACACUGUUGACUGUUCAACUACUGCUAAAAAUAUUGGGGUUAUUUUUAAUAACUCUCUAUCGAUGUUGCCGCACGUUACUGCUGUUUGCAAGUCUUCGUUUUUUCAUUUACGCAAUAUUUUUAAGAUUCGCAAGUUUCUUUCUUACGAUACAUGUAAAACUCUAAUUCAUGCCUUUGUUACUGCAAGGAUCGACUAUUGUUACUCAUUGCUUUACGGUCAGCCUAAAUGUAUCUUGAAACGUUUACAGAGUGUCCAAAAUAGUGCUGCUAGGCUUAUUCAUCUUACUAGUAGAUAUGAGCAUGUUACGCCGUUGCUUAUUCAACUUCAUUGGCUACCAAUUGAACAAAGGAUAACUUUCAAAAUUGCAGUAAUUACAUUAAAGGCGCUUCAUGGUGCUGCACCUAGCUAUAUCACUGAUCUCAUCAAGCCUUAUAGACCUGGUAGACUUCUUAGAUCCUCCAAUCAAUUUUUACUUUCUACAUCUAAAUUUAAUCUUAAAACUUAUGGUGGCCGUUCUUUUACUAUUGCUGCACCUUCUGUUUGGAAUGCACUUCCAUUCGAACUUAGAUCUUGUAAUUCUCUUUCUUCUUUUAAAUCUAAGCUCAAGACUUGGGUUUUUAAAAUUGGUUAUGAUGUUGUCGUAUAGAAUGAUGAUGUUUUUAUAGGAUGACAAUGUAGUUUUGUAGUUUUGUAGGUUUAGGAUUUUGUUGUUCUUUUUAUUAUGAAAAGCGCUUUUGGACCAUUGGGAAUUUUUAUAGGAUGACAAUGUAGUUUUGUAGUUUUGUAGAUUUAGGAUUUUGUUGUUAUUUUUAUUAUGUAAAGCGCUUUUGGACCAUUGGGAAUUAGCGCUCUAUAAAUAUUGUAUAUUAUUACUAUUAUUAUUAUAUUAAAGCUCUUUUUAUGUAGAGGGUGCCCGGCUUUGUAUUCCUCAGCUUCUAAGCGUUAAAAUAAUAGAGUUUUUUCUGAGUUAUGUCCUGCCUGUCUUAAAUAUUUCAGCGACGAAACAUUCUUGAAAGAAAAUUGAAGCAAUGGACAAAGGAAGAGGUAUACGGUUAAUACCAUAUCCUUUUCAGAGUUAUUCCUUUUUUUUUUUCGCCUUGUAUAAAUUGACCUGAGAUGUAGCGUCCUCCUUCCCUUUUCCUCUAAAAGGCGAGAAAAAAGGUUUCUUUUUAUAAUCAGUCCUUUUUUUGUAAUCAGUCCCAUAAAAUCCAUUCCAUUCCCCAAGUUUUCACGGGAUCAUUUGCGGUCGACUUUAGGGAUCACUUUCGGUCGAGGAUCAUUUGCGGUCCAUUUUGAGGAUCAUUUGCGGUACUGUACACAACUCCUUGUCUUGACUUGUCCAUUUCACUUUUGUAUUUUUGGUGGUUUCGGCGCCAACUAGUGUGUGUCAUGCGAAACCAUUUUAUUUGAUUUCAUGCCGCACUAUUUGUUUCGUCGUACCUCCAGUUCAGUCUCGAUUAAAUGAUUCGACAUUAUAUUGAACCAUUUGCGCAUGACUUGAACCUCUGUAAAUGUUUGCGUGAGUUCUUACUUUAACAAACCGUUACGCAACAGAGCAGCCGAUUGUUCGUUGUCAAGCUCUAUCAUUUAGCACAUGGUAUAUUGAUCUCUGAUUAUUAUUUUUAAAAACAAACCGAUUCUUGUUUGGCGUUAUCGUUUUAACAUCUACCAGUGGACAGCUUCUCAUCUGACCAAAUCAUCUGUAGUUUAGGCGAACCAUUUCACACAAAUUAUUUUACGAAUGAUCAUUUCUUUAUUGUUUGAGCCAUUUCGUAAUUCAUCACUAGACCAUGUGCGUUUUGUCUGUGCUAUUUGACAUGAUUGUGUUUUUGGUAACAGCUUUCCAUAUUACGAUUGUGACGUCAGGUGUGCGCUACGUCUGCAAUGGCACUAAUUCAUGUACUAAUUUCCACACCGAGCCUCGUUUCCGAGAAAACGCUCAGUGGUGAAAUUUGCUCGCCUGGCGUAAACAUGCAUGAGGGCUGUUAGGUUUGUUUUCGACCGCUCUCUUGGUCCUCCCCCACUGUACUAGCCUCAUGUUGUGAAACUAAAGCGUGCCUCAAAUCCAGCGCUACAUAUCCGAUAUUGGAAAGAAAUUGCUCUUCAAAAUAAUUAUUCUUAUUGAUUUAGUUCUAUUCGCGAAAAUGAAGAUUUAUCCACAAAUGACUUGGGCUUCGUUCCACGGUACGAACACUGUAAAACUACAGUGUUCCAUUGUGUGGGGGUAAAGUUACGAUCCUAAAAUUUGUAGGUCGAAAAGUGAAUAAAAGUCAAUGAAACCUAAACUGCAGUUGGUUGUUGUUGUUCUUAAUGCUCACACGGAGUUUCGUGAAAUAUGCUCAAUUUCUCCCUCCAUACAAUGAAAUAAACAAGGUAGGUUGCAAGAUGAAAUCUCAGCCGCCAUCGUUUCCCUUACAACACGACCUUUCACAAAAUUCGAACUCCAACGGUAAAUAAACCGACGCUAAGUUCGUAGAAAUAGGACUGCCCCUGAUAUAGAAACGAAUGAAGCUUCCUUAGCUAUCGAAAGAGAUCCAGCAGACGUUUUGAAGCUGGAAGAAGAGAAUCCAAACAUGGCCGCUACCAUGAUAUAUGAUGUAUUUAACAGAUCAACGCGCGGCCAAGCAAAGGAGGCUUGGGCCCUGUACAAAAUCAAAUCCACCCUGGGUUCCCGGGGUGGUCUUCUCAAUCUUAAAAUUGGGUCUGGUUGACCUGCGAUUAACCCUAGAAAAUGGAAUCGCUCCUCAGAAGCCCUAUCUGGUAUCUGUUUACGUCAUAGUGUGAACAUUGCCUCAGAAUAUUUACGGUUAUGGAGCACUAUGUGCUCAAUUUAUACUUCGAUAAAACGCUAUUUUAGUUAGCCUAAAUGAAUGUUCUACUUGAUACACUGAAAUCUGUAAUGAAUAUGCCAGAAACUGAAAUAUUUCCUGGUCAUAUUUAACAUUAGUUUCAUUGACUGAAAUUUUCGCACUGAUAAAGAUCUAUUUCUUAGUAAUGAAUGGACAUCAUUGUUGUUCUACCUUCAAAAACACUACCACCCCAGUCCAUCCUUUUCCCAAAGACCAGGAAGUACACAUCUUGCAUUAAAUGCGUAUGCAACGAGUCUUUUUUCUUUUCUAGUAUUUUAUCUCAGAGCUGACACGCUAUGAAAAUCAAAGGGUUCUUCUUUCACGACUGCCAAAAAAUAAUGAUCGACGGUUUUAUUUAUUUCCAGUGUCUGGUAUUGAGUGUCCAGUGUGUACCAAUGUCCCUGGAUCAGGGGCAAGCAAAUGCGACAGUGGUAAAGUUCCCAAACUUACCUGCCCCGAUGGAUUGGAUCAGUGUAUCACCUUGAAAGGGAAGAUGACGAAUCUUACGUCGACUCAGGACUUCGAACAAAAGAACUGUUCCAACAACGCUUCGUGUGACUCAGCUAGCGACUACAAC